CACAUGACUUCAUGGAAAUUAACAGCGACAGCAACGAAAACACUCAAAGCCUCAGAGUGACAAGUGAACAGAGCAAUAACUCCGCACAACAGAUAAGCAAUAUGACACAACAGGAGAAGUGUUACGACCCUCGAGACAGAACACUUACAUUUGUCAAUGGAGAUGAUGACUUAGACUUUCUGUGCGAUGACUUCAAGUCUCUCAGAGCAAAGAUGUCCUGUGGUCAUGCUGUCACUCCGAUGUCUCUCACCAACUGGUGUCGCAGGUUGCUGGAUAAGGGUGAGUGCAGAUUUGUGUGUGGCCAGACUAACUGUGAUGUUGAGUGGCCAUAUGAGGAAGUUUGUAAAAUGGCUCUUCUAACCAAAGAAGAAAUGAAGUACUUUGAAAAGAAAAUGUUCAGUAAUGCUGCCAAGGACUUGGUUGUGAAAUCUUGUCCUGGCUGCAAGUCUCGCAUAGUGAGGGCUGAUCUCAGUGAUCUGGGUGUCGAGUGCACAAAGUGCACAGCUGCCAAAAGAAGACCUUUCAGAUUCUGCUGGCAGUGUUUGAGGGAAUGGAAAGGUCCGGCUCCACGUUCAGACCGCUGUGAAAAUGAUGGCUGCAUCAAUGAGCCACUAGAAACACUGAGAAACUGUCCAGAUAUCGUCUUUGAAUCUGUGGAGGGCGUCACUGGCUGUCCCUGCAUCCGUGCCUGUCCCACCUGUGGUUUGCUGGUGGAGCAUAACAGAACUCAGUGUAAAAACAUCUAUUGCCCUCGCUGUAAGGUGGAAUUCUGUUUUGUGUGUCUGAAGUUCACUGAAGAGUGCCUGAAGUCAUCUUCAGAAUUCGAAUUCUGCUUCACUGCCCCCAGACAGACCUCUAUACCUGUGUGGAAGAGGAAAUACUUCUGUUAAUUUAACAAAUACAACUUUUUAUUUUCAAAUUAAAAAAUGAACCGCUGGGACAAUGACCUGAAACUUCUGCAGGCAUGUAAGACCAUCACUCUUCCCGAGGCGGAGGCGGUCACCGACUGCCCUCUAUCCAAGCCUGUCCUACAUGCGGCAUGAAGGUGGAGCAUAGUCAACUAUACUGCAAAAAUAUCAACUGUCCUAACUGCCACGUGGAGUUCUGUUUCGUCUACAUGAAACUAAUGUUGCAUGACCAGUUCACCAUGCAAAAUCUGUAGUGGUGAUGCUCCUGGACAGACCUCUAUCGCCCGUUGUGAUAGAAAAGGAAGAAAAGGUUUGUCUGUGCUGUAGAUGUUCAAAGGUACUAAUAUUAUAUUACCCUGUAAAUAAUUAGCAAUUGUUGAUGUGUGACAAACACACAUGCUGUAACUCCAUUUAAGAUAACAUAACAUCCAUUUUAUUUGUGGCCCUACUCUGCCUCCUUCUGGCUGGACUUUAUGUUGUACAUGACAUGACGGUCAGAUGUUUAGUUGUAAAUAACAAUUACUAUGUACUGAGCUACUGAUAAUGUCAGAUUCAUGAUAUAUAUGUGUAAGUACAGCUAAAUGUACCUGGUGAAAUGUAAGAAUAAAGAAGAAAAUUUGAAACGUGAAAAUAAAGUUAUG